AUGUUCAAGUCCAACGAUAAGAAUGGUCUGAGAACCUUUGACGCAGCUGAAGCUGAAUCAGUGUCGACAUCCACACAGGCAGAUGGCAGCAAUCCAAUUGACAACAUGCCAGAAAAUAUCAGAACAGAAAGUGGACAACAUGGAUUCCAGGACCAUCACAGAAAAGCAAUCAUCAUUUUUGUGAACAGUUUGGGAAUGAUCAUUUGUAUGAUUGCGACCAACAUUGUUCUUCCAGUGAUACCUAUUCUAAAAGCUGAAUAUGGUUUGUCUACUACGGAGAUAAACAUGGUUAUGACAGGAUAUAUGAUCAUUCAAGGGGUUUCACCAGCUUUCAUGUCUGUAAUUUCCGACAUGAAAGGCCGUCGUAUGGCGUGGAUUAUCGCACUAGUUGUGUAUAUUACGGCUAAUGUUGGCCUCUCACUACAAAGCAACUACGCUGCGCUGGUUUCUCUUCGCUGUCUCCAGAGUAUUGGAAGCAGCUGUGCGAUUCCAUUCGGAUUCGCAGUUGCGGCAGAUAUAUCGUCCUCCGAGAAGAGAGGAAAAUACAUAGGUCCCAUGCAAGGCAGUGUAAUGGGUGCUUUUGCCUUUGGCCCUGCUAUCGGCGGGUUGCUUGCCAACUCUUUCGGGUGGAGGAGUAUAUUCUGGUUUCUGGCCGCCAUUAGUGGUGUUUUUCUGGUGAUAUACUUUGUGUUCAUUCCUGAAACCGCCAAUGGUAUUGUGGGAAAUGGGUCUGCUUGUCCAGAGCAGCGGCGAAAACUACCGUUGAUGCGUCUUCAACUUACUUAUGACACGCAUCAAAGCUCACUGCACGACACUGAUCGGCAAGGUACAGAUCGCAAGUUCUGCUCAGAUCUUUUCAAGGCUUUCGCUAUACUCAGGAAAAGAAACGCAUUAAUCCUGAUCAUGUACACAAGCCUGCUCUACUUUGGUAUCUCCGCGUUAUGGGCGACUACAGCCAACCAAUUCGGCAGGAAAUACAAUCUCAACACACUGCAGACUGGGCUAUCAUUCCUGUCAGUAAAUAUUUAA